UCGAGAGGGAAUAGAGAUAUACACACAUUUCUAGAUAUAGCAAUUUCUACAUUCAGAGAGUUCAGACGUCAAUUCAACAAUCUCUGAUAAAGGGCUUUUACCAACUAAGCCUGAGGAAGUCGAUCGGCUUUGAGCAUAUUCGUGCGCUGAAGUGAAUUGAUGUUCUACUCGGCUUCACGGGAAAACGACGCUCAUUGGCACAUGACAACUCCAGAUCUUGCUGGACCUAAAAGUGCAGCGAGAAGUAGACCGAAGACUACUUCGAGGACCUGGAGCCCAAUUGGAAAGGAGAAAUUAAGAAGGAAGCAUCUCUGCACAUUCAACUUUCUAACAACAAAGAGGUGACACAUAGUCUGGGAAGUACAGUAUGGGAGGUGGAGAGAGGUACAACAUUCCAGUGUCCCACCCAGAGCGCCCAUUGCCCAAGAAGAACCAUCAGCUGGGCCGGGCCAAGCAGAGAGUUGUCCGCGAUCAGAAUGGAGUGACAACCGUAGCAUCCUCGGGGGCGGCGGGAGGUCCUCACCAACAUGGCCACCGCAAGGGCGCAGCCUACCCCUGGUUCCCAGAGGCGCGGCUGGCCGCGUCGGCUGAGAAGAUAAACACUUCUGUCCGUUUUGCCAACGCCUACGAUCAGAAUUGGGAGGGCGCUGUGUCCCACCUGAACACACUUCUGGCCGCCCAGUGUGGCGGCCCGAGCUAUGCAGGGGCCAAGUUCAGCGAGCCACCCUCCCCCAGUGUGCUGCCCAAGCCCCCCAGCCACUGGGUCCCCAUGGGUACUCGUGACAGCAGGGAGAUGAUGGCCUUCCAGCUGAAGAGCCUCCUCAAGGUGCAUGCCUAGAGAUGGACUCCCAUAUCCUGACCUUUCAAAGCCAACGUGUGAACGAAGGCUCCUGCCUGCCUUGAACGCCCCAGCGUUGUAAUAUACUUUUGGCUAUUUUAG